AUGUCCAACUCGGCCCUCAACUUCAUCACCUUCAACCAGGACCACAGCUGUCUGGCUGUCGGCACCUCCAAGGGCUUCCGCAUCUACCACACCGACCCCUUCUCCAAGAUCUUCAGCAGCGACGAUGGCAACAUCGCCAUCAUCGAGAUGCUCUUCUCCACCUCCCUCGUCGCCCUCAUCCUGUCGCCCCGCCACCUCAUCAUCCAGAAUACCAAGCGCGCCUCCGUCAUCUGCGAGCUCACCUUCCCCUCGGCCGUCCUCGCCGUCCGCCUCAACCGGAAGCGCCUGGCCGUCGUGCUCGAGGACGAGAUCUACCUCUACGACAUCCAGAACAUGUCGCUCCUGACCAACAUCCCCACCUCCCCCAACCCCCAGGCCAUCUGCGCCCUCUCGCCCUCGUCCGACAACUGCUACCUGGCCUACCCCCUCCCCAAGCCCCGCGAGGACGGCCAGGACCGCCGCCCUUCCCACGCCCCGCCCGCCUCGCUCUAUACCCCCGUCACCUCGGGCGACGUCCUGAUCUACGACACCCUGACCCUCAAGGCCGUCAACGUCAUCGAGGCCCACCGCUCGCCCCUGUCGUGCAUUGCCCUCAACCACGAGGGCAACCUGCUGGCCACCGCGAGCGAGACCGGCACCAUCAUCCGCGUCUUCAGCGUCCCCAAGGGCCAGAAGCUCUUCCAGUUCCGCCGCGGCACCUAUCCCAUCUCCAUAUCCAGCAUGUCCUUCAACGCCACCAGCUCCCUGCUGUGCGUGUCUUCCACCACCGACACCAUCCACAUAUUCCGUCUCCAGCAGCCCGGCCCCUCGUCGGCCGAAAAGUCGGCCGCCCCUGCCUCUCCUCGAGACCGCUGGUCUCGCGGUCCGAGUUACGAUAGCGGAAACGAUUCCCCCAGCAGCAACACCGGCUCGCCCCGGAGCGAUGUCGCCGAGCUGGCCAACCCGCCCGCCGCGACCGCGACCCCCAACGUGCAUAGGAGGCAGAGCGGUUCGUUUAGUAGCCUGCUACGUCGAUCGUCGCAGAUCAUGGGCAGCAGGGUCGUGGGCGCCGUAGGCAGUUAUCUCCCCCAGGCCGUCAACGAGAUGUGGGAACCUCAGCGCGACUUUGCCCACAUCAAGAUACCAAAGGCAGCCCAGAAGCCGGGCUCCACCGCCAGCGCAACACCGCAGCUGAGAAGCGUCGUGGCCAUGAGCAGCAGCAGUCCUCAAGUUAUGGUGGUGACAAGUGACGGUGGCUUUUAUGUUUUCAACAUUGAUAUGGAGCAAGGCGGCGAGGGUUAUUUGGUGAAGCAAUUCUCUGUUCUCGACGGUGACGAUAAGCUAGAUGCUUCGAGCUAUGGUUCAUAG